AUGGUUGCUAUUAUCUUACUCUGUUCAUAUCUAUCUAUCUAUCUAUCUAUCUAUCUAUCUAUCUAUCUAUGUGUUUACAUCUAUUGGUCAAAGACAUUUGUUCCUCCCCUUAAUUUUACACCAUUUUAUUUCUUAACAUACCUUUUCUCUAUCUUCCUCUUCCUUUAUCUCUGUUCCUCUCUAAAUGUCCCUCAUUCUCUCUCUUUCUCUUUCUCUCUCUCUCUCUCACACACACAUACUGUUUUUCCCUAUCACAUUUUUUACUCUCUGAUUGUUUCUCCCCAUCUCUCCCUCCCACUGCUACUCUUUUUGAAUCUCUCUCUCUUUUACUAUUUCCUUCUCUCUGAAUGUCUCUUAGACUCUCUCUUUACUACUCUCUCUCUAUUUCUGAUUCUGUUUUGUUUCUCUCUAUUAAUCUCUCAUUCUUUCUCUCUGCUAAUAUGUUGUUUUACAUGUUUCUUUCUUUCCUUUCUUUUGUCUACUAAACUGUCUUUAUCACCUACAGCCUUCACCUUUCUUUUCUCUCUCUCUGUUUGUCUCACUCCCUUUCUCACUCUCUCUCUCUCUCUCUCUCUCUCUCUCUCUCUCUCUCUCUCUCUCUCUCUCUUACAGGCACCUCUUUCUUUUACUCGCUCAUUCUUUUUAGCAACACUCUCAUUGUUUUUUAAUCUCAGGUUCUCUGCCUCUCUCUUCUGUCACUCUUUAAUUCUCUCUCUCUCACCUAGACCCUUUCUCCUUUCUUUCUUUCUUUCUUUCUUUCUUUCUGCCGACUACAUCUUUGUUAACUCUCUUCCACUUUCUCUUUCUUCUCAUUUGGAUGUUUACAUAUGUUAA